GGACGUUUUCUCACUUCGAAUUUGCAUUCUGCGAGUUCGAAAUGUGUUGGCGCUGAGCUUUUGAUGAAACUGCUAUCAAACUACUGCAGAAAUAAGGACAUCAAAACUUCAAUUCGAGUGGGCAUUGUGGGUUAUCCGAAUGUCGGGAAAAGCAGUGUUAUAAAUAGUUUGAAGCGAAAAAGAGUUUGCGAUGUUGGCGCAGCACCUGGAAUUACACGGCAAAUCCAGGAAGUGGAUUUGGGUAAACAUAUUCGAUUGCUAGAUUCUCCUGGUGUGAUUCUGGAGCCGAAGGGUCGUUUGGACAACUGCGAAAUUGCGCUAAAAAACGCUAUAAGA